GUCUCCCCAAAUCCCCCCGAAGGAGCAGCGAUCUGCAGAGAGGGGAGAGCGGGAGGAGCGAGAGGACCUCCGUCAUCAUGCUGGACACGCUCACCUUCCUCCUGGAGAAGCUCUUCCUCCUCGCGCACGUCAAGCUGACCAGCCCGCCGCCGCGCGGCAGGGAGCCGCCGCCCGCCUGCCGCGAGCGGGAGGAAUCCCCGCCGCGGCCCGUGGGACCGGAGCACCGGUUCCUCCGGGGAGACCUGCUGGAGGUCCCGCGCACGCUCUUCACGCACUUCGGCAUCUACCUGGGCGACGGCCGCGUCGCGCACCUGAUCCCGGACGUCCUCAGCGGUGACGGGCGGCGCGUCCCGGAGACGGUGACCAACACGCGCCUGGUGCUCGGCGUGCUCUCCAAGCGCGCCAGCGUGCGCGUGGACCCGGUGGAGGACUUCGCGUACGGCGCCGGGAUCCUGCUGAACGCCGCGGACGCGCGCCGCAGCGCGCUCCCCGGGGAGGAGGCGGCGCGCCGCGCGGAGCGGCUCGUGGGCUCCGUGUCCUACAGCCUGCUGUGGAACAACUGCGAGCACUUCGUCACGCACUGCCGCUACGGGAGCGCGCAGAGCCUGCAGACCGACAAGGUGAGGGGUCUCACGCGCGUGCGUGGAGGUGGCAGCACUUCACGCCGGAGGCGUGAGGGGCACGCGCACGGGGUGUUUAGUGGACACGCGAGUCCAUCGGGAGGGGGUGCGCGGGCGCGCGUGUUGCCUGUCUGUGUGCGUGUGCGUGUAGUGGGGGGGAGUUUUACUUUGAAGGAGUGAAAUCCAAAAGAAAUGAGAAGGUGAAGAAAACUAAAUAUCACUGAAUGUAAAAAGGAAAGUGACGGAAUGAUUAGAAACAGAAACAGACUCAACUACUAAAAGGCACAGAAACAAAAGCCUUCAGUGCGACGCUCCUCAGGAGGAAAAGUGGGUCAAUCUUUGGAAAAGUCCCGAGAACAAGAGCUGCUUUGAGAGGAGGAG